AUGUUUCAGUUGAAGAGGUCUAUAGGGGCGGAACACUCCGAGGAAGGUCAGUCUACUGCGGCUAAGUUCUCGCCGGAUGGUAAGUAUUUGGCAAUUAUCAAGAAUCUACAAAUUGUCGUCUACGAUACCGUAGAGUUUCAAAUUGCCACUACGUUGUUUACGACUCAUACGAGUCCCAUUUCUGAUAUCUGCUGGUCUCCAGAUAGUCAGUGUGUGGCGACUGCUUCUAAUGAUUUCACAAUGGAAAUCAUACAUCUCGUUUACGGUUCUUUACAUAGAUUGAUUAGCCACACUGCUCCAGUGCUAUCUCUAUGUUUCAAUGGUAAAGGCAAUUUACUCUUUUCGUCUUCCAUGGACGAGAGUAUCAAGAUUUGGGACGUUCUUAAUGGUACCUUGAUGAAAACAAUAUCUGCACAUUCUGAAGCAGUCGUAUCCAUUGACGUCCCCACAUUGGACUCCUCCGUCCUAGGAUCGGGAUCCUAUGAUGGACUCAUUAGAAUCUUUGAUACCACAACGGGUCAUUGUCUCAAGACUCUCACGUACGAUAAAGAUUGGAAAAGUGAAACGGGUGUCGUGCCCAUCUCUAAUGUGAAGUUCUCGAAAAAUGCCAAAUAUCUUCUUGUGAAGUCCCUCGAUGGGAUCGUUAAGAUAUGGGAUUGUAUAAGAGGUGACGUUGUUAGAACAUUUAGCGAUGGAUCCGUCAAAAAAUUGAAAUACACCUGCGGUAUGGAUUUCUUCUAUCCAAAUGACAGUGAACCGCCCCUAGUGGUCAGUGGGUACGAACAAGGUGAAGUCUACUGCUGGAAGACGGAUGACAAGACAUUAGUUCAAACCAUCCCGAGUGAACAUCACUUGGAAUCCCCAAUUAUAAACAUUCAUUGCACUGACAAGCUCAUGUGCACGUUAUCGUUGAACGGUCAAUGUCACAUAUGGCAAUGGCAGCAAUAA